CAAAACACUUUUCGAUCUCCAUAUACAGCAGAUAAAAUUAAGUUUGAAGAUAAUGAAGCUCAAGGGAUAUCAAAGAUGAUUAAAAAGCUUGCGGCAAAGCAUAUAGCUCCAGUAUAUGCUGAUUACUACUUAGUUAAUUAUAUUACAGGUGAAUGCACUUGCCUUGAUUUUAUCUGGCAUGGAUCAUUUCAUAAUUUCUGUAAGCAUGGUUAUGCGGCACAUGAAUAUGUAUCUAUAAAAUCGAAUGAAAAAUCAGUUGAUCAAAUAAAAAAUGAGCUGGUUCAAUAUUUUCGAAAUAAAGAACGAACAAUAUCACCUAAUAUGAAAAAUAGAGUAAUCUAUAAUGGAACUAAUGAAAAAGCUUUUGCAGAAAUUUUGCGCGAGCAUCAAAAAAAUGGAGAUAAUAUUUUUUUUUCAACUGUGAAGCAAAUUAAUAAAAACGAUCCUUAUAGACCUAGUGAACUUCCAAAACGAAAACAUACUACUGUUGGCUUGUCAAAAGUUAAUAUCGAAACAAAGAAUCAAAUAGCUAUUGAAAAUGAAGCUUUAAAUAAUCAUCAUGAUACUUAUACAGAAGAUAUUAGCACAAUUACUUUAAAUAAUAGUGAAACCAAUCUUGAUAAUUCGAAUAAGUUAUCCAUUAUAAUGGAAGAUUGUAAUGAUCAAGAUUCAAUGCUAAUGCCAAGCUCUAGUAAUAAUAUUUCAGAAUCAGCGUUCACUUCCUCUAUUCAACCCAAAUCAAGGAAU